GUUAGAAUUCGCAUUUACAGUUGAUGAUUAGGUUUAGGAAUUAGAUUUAGGCUUUUCAUCACGAACUGACAUCAGUUAUAAUGCCAAAACUCUAUUUAGCCAAACGUAUGAAUGAAUUCCGCACCCAAAUCAAAUUUCUAUCCUUUAACAUGAAGAAAGUCGAAUUUCAGUUUAUCCAUUUUUCAAAACUAAUGAAUUUUAAUAACUUAUGUAUUUCUAUUAUUUUUUUUCUUCAGAAAUCACCUAUCUUAUGGUUGUUUUAAUCAGCUAAUAAAGGAAACAAUGUCAUUUAUUUGUAAAAAAUCAUCCUACUUAUUAUUCAAUCUAUUUUUCUAUAAUUUUAUUCAUAUUUAUAAUGUUGUUAAUUUUUCCGCUUCGGCUGUGCAUCAAACGAAUACCACAAUGUAUCUUACAUCUGAAUAUGAUUCUUCUCAUUCACUUCACCUUCCACCAUCACCUAUUUCUUCUUCUUCUUCUUCUUCUUUGUCGUCGUCAUCUUCGUCAUCUACAGAACAAGAUCAAUUAAAUUUAUUCCAUCUAAUUGAAGAAUCUCCAAAUGGUACAGAGAUUAUUGGUGUAUCUAAAUAUUUACAUCAAUAUAUUUCAGUUAGUUUACAACAGUUUCUUACAAUGAAUAAUAUAAAAAUAGAUGUCAGUAAUAAUAAUUUCUUAAAUAAUGAUAAGUUUCAAUUUAAUUUUCAAUUACUCGAUAUACAUGAUCCUUUAACAAAUGCAUUACAUUUAGAUCCAAUGAAUGGUAAAUUAACAAUUCAAAAACGUAUUGACCGUGAAUCUAUAUGUAGCGGUGGUAGUGUAAACGGCAAUGGUAUCAACAAUAACAUUAUGAUUGGUAGUAGUAGUAGUAGUAGUAGUAGUCAUAGUAGCAGUUCACAAUUUCUAUUGAAUAAUCGUCCAUCAAUGUUCUUACAAAAUAAUAAUAAUAAUCCUAUGAAUAGGAUAUCAAGUAAUUUAAAUAAAAAAUGUAUUAAAACAUUGAAUAUUUUAUCAACAAUACAAAUAAUAGAAUUAAAUGAAGUCAAUAUUAAAAAAAUACCUAUCAAUUUAUUGAUUAUCGAUAUAAAUGAUAAUAAGCCAAUAUGGUUAUCAAUUAAUAAUGGAAUCAAUCAUAAUAAUAAUAAUCAUUAUAAUUAUACUACUACUACUACUUCUAAUGGUAAUAAUAAUCAUAAUGAUAUACCAAAUAUCAUUGUACAAAUAUCAGAGACACCAAAUAAUAUACAAAUAAUACAUGGAAUAGAUGAUCAUUCAACAAGUAUAAAACAAAGAUAUCAACAAUCACGAAUCAAUUUACCACGUGCUUAUGAUCCUGAUGAAGGAAUUAACAGUCAAUUAACAUAUCAUCUUCAAUCAAUAAAGAAAUCAUUAGAUUAUAAACAUAAUUAUGAUAUUAAUCAAUCUAAUAAUCAUAAUGAUGAUGAUAUUCCAUUUAUAAUAGAAGAUAUACCUAAUAGACCAUUAGAAUUAAUUUCAACUAUAAAUUUAGAUUAUGAAUUAAAACAAAAUUAUGAAUUUUAUUUAUUAGCUAUAGAUUCUGGUUUACCUAAACAAACUGGUACAGCAUUAAUUAAAAUCAAUAUUAUUGAUAUUAAUGAUCAUUCACCAAUAUUUAAUCAAUCAAUAUAUUAUCCAUUCAAUCAAUUUAUUAGUGAAAAAACAUUACCUGGUACAAUUAUCAUAAAUUUAACAGCAAUAGAUCAAGAUGUAUCCUACAUAAAUAAUCGUAUACAUUAUACAAUGAUUCCUGGUACAUUAGCUAUGAAUUAUUUUAAUGUACAAUCAAAUGGUUUAAUUAUAUUAAAACGUUGGUUAGAUUAUGAAACUAUGGAAACAAGUACAAUAGAUAAUCAAAUUAUAUUAAAUUCAUUAUUGUUUAAUAAACCAACACAAACAACACCAUUAAAUAAUAAUAAUAAUAAUAAUAAUAAUAAUAAUAUAGAUAUUAAUACAAAUCAAAACUAUAAAAAACAAUUUAUAUUUCAAGUGAAAGCUGUUGAUUCUGCACCUCAACCAUAUGAACUUACUAGUACUGCUAUAGUUAUCAUUCCUGUAAUUGAUGAGAAUGAUGAAGCACCAAUUAUAACUGUGAAAUUUCUUGGUACAUCAGAAAUGACAAGUUAUGGUGAAACAGGAGUUGUCAAAGAAAAUGUUCAACCUCCUAUUCAAUUAGCCUAUGUACAAGUUCGUGAUCCAGAUUUCGAUGGAAAUGAUCAAGUUAAUUGUAUUUUAACAGACAAUGUGAACUUUUCAUUGAAGCCAAUUAAUUCACUGGAUCAAUUUCAUCAAAACAAUGAUAAUUAUCAUGAAAUCAAUAAUCAUUUAGAUUUACAAUCAUCAUCACAAUCAAUUUCAGCUACAAAAAAUGAUUAUAUUUUAAAUUUAAUUACUAAACCAGAUCGUGAAAAAAAUCCUUUAUAUUAUGUACGUAUCAAAUGUAUUGAUCAAGCGUCUAAUUUUAAUGAACAAACUAUUCGAUUACGUGUAUUAGAUAUGAAUGAUGAACAGCCAAGAUUUCAAAAAUCAAUAUAUCGAUUUGAUCUACCAGAGAAUAGUGAUAAACAAUUGAAACCAUUAGGAUAUUAUCGAUUAGAUAAAACAAGUAAUACUUAUUUAACAAAUCAAACAUCUACAAUAAAAGAAAUUGUAGAUGAACGGAAAGAAUAUAAAUCUGAAGGAAUGGAUGAUCGUUAUGAAUAUCGAAUAGGUCGUGUACUAGCAGAAGAUAAUGAUCAAGGUGAAAAUGCACGUGUUGAAUAUUAUUUAGAUGAGUACUUUUUAGAAAUACGAUCAUCAGUUAGUUCAGUUCUACCUUCAGCUUAUUUAUUGAUUAAUAAACAAACUAGAGUAGAAGAUAAGAACUUAUUUAUUUAUCAUAAUGAAAAUAAUAAUAAUAAUGAUAAUAAUAAUAAUAAUAAUAAUAAUGAACAUACUCAUGAACUAGUCAGAGUUGAUCAAUUAUUCCGUAUUGAUUCACAUACUGGUAUAUUAUAUGCAUUGAAAAAAUUUGAUGGUGAAAAUGUCGACAUGUUUCGUUUUAAUGUAUUCGCUUUAGAUCAACCAAAUCAAUUAACAUCAAUUCGACAUAGUGGAACAGCUAUAGUUGAAAUCAAAAUUACAGAUGUUAAUGAUUGGCCACCAUUAUUUAUAUUAACAAAUCAAUCUAAUAUUAAUAAUACAGAUACUACUACUACUAAUAAGGAUAAUAUAAGUAGUAUGAAAAAUAAACAACAAUAUUUUAAUAAUUUAUUUAAAAAUGAAAAUUUUAUUAUUGAUAAUCAUUAUCAAAAUGAAUUACAUUUUGUUAAUAAUUAUGUAUUUCAUAUAAAAGAGAAUAAACCAGCUUAUUGGUUAGUUGGACGAAUUAUGGCAAUUGAUUUAGAUAUUGAAAGUAAAGCAAUGACAUACAAUAAUAAUAAUAAUAAUAAUAAUAAUAAUAAUAAUAAUAAUAAUAAUAAUAAUAAUAAUAAUAAUAUAAACAAGAUAUCUCCUCCAUCUAAAACACCAUUCAUUUCAUCAUCUUUAUCAUAUAUUACAUUAAGAAUAUCAAAUGAUUCACCAUUAAUAAUACGUCGAACAUUUAAUUUACAUGCUACAAAUGGUUAUUUAAGAACAUCAAUGACAUUAGAUCGUGAAAAACAAAAUAUUUAUAUAUUUAAUGUUAUUGCUUAUGAUGGUAAUCCAUCUACUGUAACAUCACAAACAUCAACAGCUACAGUAACUGUAAUUGUAGAUGAUGAGAAUGACAAUGAUCCUGUUUUUAUUAGACCUGCUAUUUCUACUACAACAUUAUCAUCUAAAUCAAAAUCAACGUUAAACUCGAUGAAUAAUGGACUUACAAACAAUAUUCAUAAACCAUAUUCUAUCAAUUCACUAAUUAAUGAUAAAAAAGAAAAUGAAUUACAAGCAAAACAGGAUGAUCAUUUAAAAGUUAAUUGGCCCGCCUCCCAUAACGAUCAUAAUAACAAUGACAAUAAUCCAUUAAAACAAAUGAAUCAAUAUGCCAAUAAUAACGAUGAUAAUAAUUUAAUACAACAAACUAUACAAUUCAAUCAUAAUGAUAAAUCAAAUAUACCAGUUGUAUUAGUUCAUAGAAGAGAAAAAACUAAUGAUUUCAUUAAUGGUGAAGGUGAAGCUUCCAGUUUAACCGAAUCUAGACCACUGCUACAAAUUGAAGCCACUGAUGCUGAUAUUGAUGAAAAUGCUAAAAUUACUUAUGAAAUUGGAGCUGGAAAUACAGAUAGUUUGUUUGUUUUGAAUUCAGAUACUGGGGUUCUGUCUUUAUCGCCUAAUCUCUAUUCAAAAUCUGAUCAUUUUAUACAACCAUUAUCACAAAAUACAAAUCUGAAUCAAAAUCCUAUAAAUCCUAUCACAUAUGUUCUACGUUUCGAAGCUUGUGAUCACGGUUUACCGAAACGUUGUGCUUCACCGAUUUGGGUACAGUUAGUAAUUGAUCCAAAUGAAUUUCCACAUCUUGUUAGAUUACCACAUUUAACAAAUCCUCUAGAUCCAUCUUUAGUUACUAACCAUAAAAAAUCAAAUGAUCCAUCUUCUUCAGUAGAUCAACAAUUCAUUGGUUACAUGAAACAGUCUAAUACAGCAAUGUUACCUGGUCAUGUUAAUUCUAAUUCAAAUAUUAACAAUCAUGACAAUAAUAACAUUGAUUUAAAUAGAAAAACGAAUGGUAAUUUCCAUGGACAAGAAAAUUCUGUUAGUAAUAAUAAACGUUAUCCACCAAAAUUUACCCAAUUUAAAAAUAUUUGGGAUAUGAAAUCUUCACUAGAUCAUCAACCGUAUGAUAAAAAUGUUAGAAAUCAAUACUCUUCAAGUUAUCAACAGUUAUCUGAUUCAAAAUUCAGAAAACAUCCAGGUAUAAUGCAACAAUAUCCAAAUGGACAUGAUGAAAACUAUAUAACUAAUAAUAAUAAUAAUAAUCAUGGAAAUAAUCAAUCUAAUAGUUUUGUCAUCAGUGAAGUUGCAGUAGUUUGCUUAAUAAUCGUAUUUAUUAUUUUAUUGAUCGCUAUAAUGGUAUUGAUUUAUUUGACUAGGCGGAAAACACUUUUAUUACCAGUUCCUACUUCUAAAUCCUACUUGAAAGACGGUACCUUUAGAUCGAAUCCAAACAGUUGUAACUUAAAAAGUAAUCAAGACAAUAAUGAAACAAUAUGUGCACCGGUUGAACUGUCAAGAAACACUGCAUCAUUAUAUCGUGCAAUUCCAGAUAAUAUGAUCAGUGCAACAGACAUUACAAUAAAUUCUAAUGAAAUGUCAUGUAUUAACGAUAGAUCUAUUGGCGCUACAGAGAAAUCGAUAACUUUAUCCACUGAAAUGCUUCAAAAUCCACAUGAUUCUUACCCUCUUAUUCAAAGAAAUUCUGAACCUCGAUUUCUAUUUAAUACCACAUUGAAUAGACCAACACAUCAAUCUGCUUUGGUUACAUCGGAAUUACAGAGCAAUCUAAAUAAAUGCACAUAUAACCCACAGUGUGUACAACAUCCAAUUAAUUCACGUUUCGAUGUCGAUAACGAAUAUCAAUGUUUAGCUCCAACAGUUGAUAAUAGAAUAUCACAUAUUUCACGUUGUUUAACUCCAUUUUUUGACCAAGGGUCACAUCAAACUAUCCAGAAUGUUGAAGCCAUCGGCUUAAACCAUAUAGGCACUAAUAAUCGUAAUUGGUUACCAAUGAGUCUACAACAACUGAAUUCUCCAGUGAGUAUGAGUCACCAGUCAAUCAUUUAUACAGAAUCAACAAUGAAUAAUGAAGGACGUGAACAAAUGUCAUCUAAAACGCCUACAUUAAUCUAUGCUAUGUCACCUAAUCCGAAUAGACAUCCAAUGCAUUUUCGAGGUAAUUCGCUACCAGUUUAUCCCAUAAAUCAAUUACAAAAUCCCACAAAUUUAAGAUCAUUUCAGCAUCGCUUCAAACCACAACAGCAGGAACAUCGAAACCAACAACAUCCGCUUUCUUCUUACCAGGAUAUUUCAUUACUACAAGCAACAUUAAGACGACACAAUCAUCAAUCAAUUGUCAUGAAUACUGACCCAAAUCCUAUGCUAACUUAUCAUCAUCAUGAUAAAAAUCGGUUGAUUUGUUCAAGGGAUCAGAUUCAUUAUAAAACAUUUCAUGCCCCACAACAUCAUGAUGAUCUUCUUAUAUCUCCUAGAAUAAUAUAUACGGAUAAUUUAAAGAUAUGUUUACCAAACAAAACUAAACACCACCAUCACCACCACCGUCAUCAUCAAUCACCUUUACCAUUAGAAGAUGAACAAGAAUGUCAACAAUUAUUAGUAAAAAAUCAAGAUGAUAUUAGUAAAGAUAAUGAUCAUAUUUGUGAUGAGAAUGUCAUAUCAGGCAAUUAUGAACCAUCAAAUAACACUGACAAUAAUACUAUCAAUAAUGAUAGUAUUAAUACACCAAUAACCGUAGAUCAUUUAGAGGAAUUACCGAUUUAUGUUAAAUCUAAGAAUUCAACUAUACCUUUAAAUAAUAAUAUCAAUAUGUCUAUUGAUAAUGAAACGGAUUAUAUUGAUAAUCUUAUCUGUAAUGAUCAAAUUAAAAAUGGAACAUUUCAUCAUUCAUUUCAAUAUUCACCAACUAUAACUAGUUCAUUACCAUUGAUCGUUGAUAUUAAUAAUAAUCAUGAUCAUCCUCAGCAUCUUCAUCAUCUUCAUCAUGAUAAUCAAAUGACCGAUAAUUCAAUUCAUUCAAAGGAAAUGAUCAAAUCAGAACAUUAUGGAUUAUCAAAAUCGGAUGUAGGCAAAUAUACUUAUAAAACAAUUAGAGAAGCUAGUUUUGUUUAAAAUAAAACAAUGUUGAAUAAGAACAGUGUUUUUUUUUAAAGAAAAAAAAAAGGAUAAACACUUAAAUACGUUUGUAUAUUCCCUUUUUUUUCUUUUGUUUCUUAUUCAAAUGUACAUUGUAACUUGUUAUUAUCAUUUCAUAAUGGAUUAUCUAUCCAAUAGGAAUCGAAGUAAAGUUUAAAGAAGUUUACUGUGUUAUUGAAUAUGUUCAAUAAUCAGUAAUGAUAACAAUAUUGAUGUUUAUUUAGAUAAUAAUUAUUUUUUAAUUUCGUAAAAUUAUCAUUGAAAUUGAAAUACUUUUGAAUGAAAAGAAUAAAAGAUUACUCUUACCGUUAUAA